CAUCUCAAGAUGCCUGAGCCAGCGAAGUCCGCUCCCGCGCCCAAGAAGGGGUCGAAGAAGGCGGUGACCAAGGCGCAGAAGAAGGACGGCAAGAAGCGCAAGCGCAGCCGCAAGGAGAGCUACUCGGUGUACGUGUACAAGGUGCUGAAGCAGGUCCACCCGGACACCGGCAUCUCGUCCAAGGCCAUGGGCAUCAUGAACUCGUUCGUGAACGACAUCUUCGAGCGCAUCGCGGGCGAGGCGUCGCGCCUGGCGCACUACAAUAAGCGCUCGACCAUCACGUCUCGGGAGAUCCAGACGGCCGUGCGCCUGCUGCUGCCCGGGGAGCUGGCCAAGCACGCCGUGUCCGAGGGCACCAAGGCCGUCACCAAGUACACCAGCUCCAAGUAAAUGUAGUUCUGCAGCCACACCGGUAAACCAAAGGCUCUUUUCAGAGCCACUCACUGUUUUCACUAUCUGGGCUGCGCGUUUGUGCCGUGUUGCGAGCUAAGUCGUAGUGGGGGU